GGCGGGGACUCGCCCGGCCCUUCCCGCCCCGCCCGGCCCGCCCACCCCCGGCGGGCGGAAGGGGCCGGUCCGGCCGUGACGUGGCGGGAUGGCGGAGCCCUACGUGAGACCGGGGAACCAGGAGCGCGGCUGGAACGACCCCCCUCAGUUCUCGUACGGGCUGCAGGCGCAGGCCGGGGGCUCCCGCCGGACGCCGCUCACCCGCCGGGCCCCCCCCCGCCCGAGGGCGCAUCCCCAGGUGCCCCCCCGGCCCCGGGCAGUGCCCCCGCAGACCCCUCCGCGCCUCCCCCCCGGGCGCUGGGGCCGCCCCCGCUGGGGCCCGUGGGCGCUGCCCCGCGGGCCGAGGCGCGGCCGUGCCCGGAGGAGCGGGAGUGCAGCGUGUCCGCCGAUACCGUUCUCGCCCCGCUGCGGGCGGCCCUGGACUCCUGCCGGCCCUCGGUGCAGAAACAAGUGUGCAAUGACAUCGGGCGGCGGCUGACAAUGCUGGAGGACGCGUGGGCUCAGGGGAAGCUGUCGGCACCGGUGAGGAAGAGGAUGAGCCUCCUGGUACAAGAGCUCCAGCAGCAGCACUGGGACGCGGCUGACGAGAUCCACCGCUCGCUCAUGGUGGACCACGUGAACGAGGUGAGCCAGUGGAUGGUGGGCGUCAAGCGCCUCAUCGCCGAGACACGGAACCUGCCCGACGCAGCGACGGACGGCAGCGCUGAGACCGAGACCGAGCCUAAGACCGAGACCGAGCCGGGCCCGGAGGAGCCCUGACACCGGGGGUGGGGCUGCGGACUGUGAGCGGGGCAGCCCCUGCCCAGGGCCGCCGGCAGGAGCAGGGACCCCGCUGCCAGAGGGAGUCGGGGCACCCCCUCUGCUUCCCAAUCCUCAUCCAGGAAAAGGGGAUUUUAAUCAUUGCGACAUUUUAGUGGCGAUUCAUUAUGUUUAAUAAACAACACCAACCUGCCCCCAGC